AUGACGCAGUACAAAUGGUUUAUUCCCAUUGAAUCAAUGUUUUAUGAAGCUUUAUAUUAUUAUUACAUUCAUAACUGGGGUAUUGAACCAAUGCCUAGCAAUGUCAAUACACAGAAAGAAGCUUUAAUUCGAAAUGGAAAAAAUUGGCCAUUUCGCACACAUAAUACGAAAGCGAGAUAUACAUGUCAUAAUUGUAAGAAAUCGUGGAAAUCAUCUCAUACAACGAUGAUUUGGAGGGCUCAUCGAGAGACAAGUAUUGUUCAAAUUCGUGUCGAAAAACAAGGCUGUCAAAGAUGCAAUAGAAAAUGUCAGGUAUCUAGCAUUGACGAAGAGGAACUAGAAAUUGCUUUAGAUUGGAUGUGCAUCUGGAUCCUGGAUAUUUUUUAUGGAGUCAAAAAUGAAGACACCAAUGAGGAUCGUGAUAAACCCGACGAAACAGAUGAAUCAAAAGCCCCACAUGAUUCUGUCCGUUGUGAAGCUGGAACGAAAGGCACAUGCAGAAAAUGCAACGAAUUAAAAAAAAAGCAUCGUUAA